UCAAUUGAAUCAGUGCUCCUAUAACUAGGAGGGAAGAACAUUACUCUGUUUGCCCUGCUACCAACCAGACCUAUGGUCAUUUUUCUUCAUAAAGUGCAUCUAAUCUCAGUUGGAGGUUUUGCUAUAAAAGGCUGUCUGCUCUGCCGGACAGAUCUGCUCUGCUCUGCUGACCUGGAGACCUCACUACCGGCCAACAUGCACUCUCUCCUGCUUGUGGCGCUGCUCGGGUGCCUCGCCACCGUGUUCUCCGCACCUGCUGACCUCAAGGUGAGAUGGUGCGUAAAGUCUGACAAAGAACUGGAGAAAUGUGUGGCCCUGGCAGCCAAAGCUCCUGCCAUCACCUGCGUGAAGAAAGACAACACCAUCGACUGCAUCGUGGCCAUCAAGGCUGGUGAGGCAGAUGCCAUCACUCUGGAUGGAGGGGACAUCUACGUCGCUGGACUGAUCAACUACGACCUGCAGCCCGUCAUUGCUGAGGACUACGGCCCCUCUUCGGACACCUGCUACUACGCUGUUGCUGUGGCGAAGAAGGGCACUACAUUUGGCUUCUUAGACCUCCAGGGGAAGAAGUCGUGCCACACUGGUUUGGGGAAAUCUGCAGGCUGGAACAUCCCCAUAGGAACUCUGGUGUCCAUGGGUCAGAUUCAGUGGACGGGCAUUGAAGACACACCUAUAGAGGAGGCGGUGAGCAACUUCUUCUUGGCCAGCUGUGCCCCGGGGGCAACGAGGGGCAGCAAACUGUGUCAGCUGUGCAGUGGAGACUGCUCCAGGUCCCACAAUGAGCCUUACUACGACUACAGCGGAUCCUUCCAGUGUCUCAAGGACGGUGCUGGGGAGGUGGCUUUUGUGAAGCAUCUCACUGUACCUGAGGCUGAAAAGGCCAACUACGAGCUGCUGUGCAAGGAUAACACCAGAGCGCCAAUCGACGAGUAUAAGAGAUGCCACCUGGCCAGAGUACCAGCUCAUGCUGUUGUCACCCGCAAGGACCCACAGAUGGUUGAAUUAAUCUGGAAUACCCUCAACUCAGUACAGGACUUUAACCUCUUCUGCUCUGAAGCCUAUGCACCUGCCAAAAACCUGAUGUUCAAGGACUCAACAGUGAAGCUGGUGCAGCUGCCCGCAAACACAGAUUCCUUCCUGUAUUUGGGUGCUGAAUACACGAGCAUUGUCCAUUCACUUAAGAAAGAGCAGGCAAGCACGCCGUCCACCGCCAUUAAAUGGUGCGCUGUGGGCCACGCCGAGACGGCCAAGUGUGACACGUGGAGCAUCAACAGUCUGGUCGACGACAACACCGUCAUUGAAUGCGAGAGCGCCCCCACAGCUGAAGAGUGCAUGAAAAAGAUUAUGCGUAAAGAGGCUGACGCAAUGGCAGUGGAUGGAGGACAGGUGUACACAGCGGGGAAGUGUGGUCUGGUUCCCGCUAUGGUGGAGCAGUAUGAUGAAGGGCUGUGCGCCACCGCUGGAGCCGCAUCCUCUUACUACGCUGUUGCCGUGGUGAAGAGGAGUUCAGGGUUGACCUGGGAGACAUUGCGGGGCAAGAAGUCAUGUCACACAGGCGUCGGCAGAACUGCUGGCUGGAACAUCCCCAUGGGUCAAAUCCACAAAGAGACCCAAGACUGUGACUUCACCAAGUUCUUCAGUAGCGGCUGUGCCCCCGGAUCAGACCCCAGCUCUCCGUUCUGUACUCAGUGUGUCGGCAGUAGAAAAGCUGUGGGAGAUGAAUCCAAGUGCAAAGCCAGUGCUGAGGAGCAGUACUACGGCUACGCUGGAGCCUUUAGAUGCCUGGUUGAGGAUGCCGGCGAUGUUGCUUUCAUCAAACACACAAUCGUUCCAGAGAACAGUGAUGGCAGGGGUCCACCAGCAUGGGCUAGUGGUGUGAACUCUGCUGACUACCAGCUGAUCUGCCCUGGGAAGGCUCCAGUGGCAGUCACUGAAUACGCCUCUUGUCACCUGGCUGUCGUGCCCGCCCACGCUGUGGUGACUCGUCAGGAGAGCCGUAGCGAAGUCGUUAGCGCUCUCCUGGGCCAGCAGGCCAAGUUUGGUCCCGGUGUCGCUGAUGCUUCAUUCAGGAUGUUCCAGUCAGAUUCAGGAAAGAACCUCCUCUUCAAGGACUCCACUAAGUGUCUCCAGGAGGUUACCGCUGGACAGAACUAUGCCGGGUUUUUGGGAACAGAGUACAUGAAUGCCAUGAAUUCACUCAGACAGUGCGGUGACACCACUCCAGAUCUGGAGAAAUCUUGCACUUUCCAUUCCUGCCAGCAGCGCUAGCGGCAACCAUGGACCAUGUGGUGCCUCAUUCAGCCCUCAGUGAUUCGAGCACCGUAGCCACACUCAACCCCAAAAUUGCAUUGUGUAUUUUCUUACUGAUCUUGUUGUAGACCCGUUUUUAGGAGUACAUUCCAACAAACAGAUGCAUUGCACUACCGCGACGUACAUAUAAACUAUCCUGUGACCAAUCAUGUCCACAUGUCGCUAUUUUCAUGCUGUUGAAACAUAAUGUUACAUUACCUGUGUUAUUGGAUCAACUAUGUUUUAACACCUGCCUGCCUUUUCUCAAAUAAAGCCUUUUUAACGCUC